UUGAGUUACGCCAUAACAAUUACCCUACUCGAACCCCUCAUUCAUCAACAAUUAAGAUUUCCCAAAUCAAAUUUACCACUAUGAAUGGUGAAGAGGACAAUAUUCCUAUUCCCAGCCUUGUCGACCAACCUCAAGAAAACCAAGAAGCUGCCGGUGACGGCGAGAGUACAGAUCAGCCCAACAGAGAAGAUUAUGGAAAGACGCUUUACGGAUGCGAGCAUUAUCGUAGACGGUGUAAACUUCGAACGCCAUGCUGUAAUCAGGUUUUUACUUGCCGUCACUGUCACAACGAGGCCAUGAGCGUUCUGAGCAAUCCCAAAGAACGCCACGAGCUUGUUCGGCAAGAUGUGAAGCAAGUCAUCUGUGCAGUAUGCAAUAUCGAGCAAGAGGUCUCUGGGCUUUGUUCAAACUGUGGUGUUAAAUUUGGAGAGUAUUUCUGCCACAUUUGCAGAUUCUAUGACGAUGAUACCACAAAGAAGCAGUUUCACUGUCAUGAUUGUGGGAUUUGUAGAGUUGGUGGACGGGAGAACUACUUCCACUGCCCUAAGUGCGGAUCUUGCUAUUCUAUUGAGUUGCGUGAUAAUCACUCAUGUGUGGAGAACUCAAUGAAGAAUCACUGUCCCAUCUGCUAUGAGUUUCUAUUUGAUUCCAUAAAAGGCACGACAAUUAUGAAAUGUGGGCAUACAAUGCAUAUGGAUUGCUAUUCUGAGAUGAUCAGCCAAAGCCAGUAUAGGUGUCCAAUCUGCUCGAAGUCAGUAUUCAACAUGUCCAGAACCUGGGAAAGAUUAGAUCUGGAAAUUGAAGCUACAGCAAUGCCUGAGGAAUACCGUUAUGAAGUCUCAAUCCUCUGUAAUGAUUGCAACAAUACUGGUAAAGCAUCGUUUCACAUAUUUGGCCACAAGUGCAGGCAUUGUAAUUCAUAUAAUACCCGCAUGAUAACAACGGGCGAGAAUCAUCAGUAACGUUGUUCUCCUUUUCUUUUCUCAAAAUCAAUAACCAUGCUCAAAUUGCCCCCAAAAGCUGUAGUGUAUCAAUUGUAUGCUUCCCUGAUUUAUGAUCUUCUUUCUUGAUCAAUGUUUGUAGGAGAUAUUCAUUUUACUGAUUCUUGUCACUGUUUUGUUGAUGAUGCUAAUUAGUUGUAUG